AUGAAAUUUGGUAAACAACUUCGAUAUGAAUGUGUUUCAGAGUGGAGAAGUAAAUACAUUUCAUAUGGAAAGCUAAAGAAGUAUCUUCGGUAUCUGUAUACUCCUGUGACUUCAAAGACACCGCCCGAUGAGCUGAGAAAGCGAUCGUUGUUAAACUCGGGAAAGAAUGCGCCAAACUAUAUCAUUGUUCCAGUUGGUGAUGAAUCACAGCCAAUGAUGUCAACUCAAUUCCCAAAUAUACAUCCAGAUCAACCACAGCAUCAACAACAACCACAGCCUCAACAGCAACAACAACCACAGCAACUUCAACAUCAACAACCACAGCAACAACAGCCUCAACAACAGCAACCACCAAAUGUUGUUCAUGAUCAACAACAACAUCAACAACAUUUACAACAGCUACAACAUCUACAACAGCAGCAGCAACAACAACAACAUCCACAUGGACAAAUAUUAGAUGGUGUAGAUAGUAGACAUAGUAGUCUUGGUAGGAUCGAUAUGAAAGAAGUGAUGCAGGCAGAUGAUACACAUACAUUCUUGAGUAAAGCGGACAAAGAGAAACUGUUCUUUAACAAGUUGAACGAAGAGUUGAAGAAGAUCAACGAUUUCUUUAUUUCUAAAGAGAAGGAUUUGAUUAUUCAUUAUAACAAACUGACGGAACAUGCAUCGAUGAUAUUGAAAGAUCAAAAUCCAAAUCCAAAGUUAUUAAAGAAUAUACACAGAGCAUUUUUAGAGCUGUAUCAAGGUUUGACAAUGUUGGAAAACUACGUCCGAUUGAAUCAUACAGGUUUCACAAAGAUACUGAAAAAGUUUGACAGACACACCUGUAAAAGUAUAAGAGAAGCUCAUAUGGCUUUGAUUGAAAAAGAGACUUUCUAUUCUUCUAAAAUAUGGAAGAAUAUGAAAGAGGAUGUAGAAAUAUUUAAAAUAGACAAGUUAACAACUGCAAGACACAAGUUAAGACCGGUAUCGAUGUCGAAUUCAACCGAUUGGCAUAUGAUGAAGUUGGGUCUGGCCAUCGGCAGUAGUUUGGCAGCGCUGGCAUUUUUGAUUAUAUUAUUUAUUAGUGGUGCGGUCGGUUCUGAUCCGGAUUGGGGUCGUUUCGUUUCGGUCGUUCCCAUUUUCCGUGGUGUCGGUAUUCCGAUUCUGGCGGUUUGGUUGUGGGGUGUCUGUGUGUUCAUCUGGGAGAAACAACGUGUCAACUAUAUAUUGAUUUUCGGAUUUGAUCCGCGUACCACCGUCGACAGUCGUCCGUUGUUCCUCGGUGAUGUCUUGACAUCGAUGGUCAAAACCAUUUUCGAUUGGGAGUACACCGCUUGUUAUUUCUUCACUGGUGAUUGGAUUACCAAUGAUGGUGCUAGAUGUAACAAAGUAAACAAUAUUGCUCUUCCAAUUAUUUCAGGUUUACCAUUGCUAUGGAGAAUGAUGCAAUGUGCACUCGUUUAUAAAGCAACAAAAAGAAAGAUACAUCUUGGAAACACAACAAAAUAUGGUGUUGGUUUCACCGUUGUAUUGUUCUCUGCAUUGAAUGGAAACUAUUCAAAUUACCCGGAACCAUGGACACCCGGUAGAAUUCUAUGGUGUAUUUGUUUCAUUCUUGCAACACUCUAUAUGUAUACAUGGGAUGUGUUGGUGGAUUGGCGAUUGAUGUGGAUGGGUACUCCACGUCCGUUGCUCAGACAACACUUGAUCUACAAGCGAUACAUCUGGGCGUACUACUAUGUCAUUUUCAGUAAUUUCAUAUUCCGUUUCGCCUGGACGCUCACUAUCACACCGCUAGAGUUCAACAUCGGUAUCAACAACGAGUUGUUCGUAACGAUUCUGGCUACAGUCGAAAUAUUCCGUAGAUUCACAUGGGCGAUCUUCAGAGUGGAGAACGAACACGUUCAGAACUCACUGCAGUACCAUGCGUUCGAUCUCUCGAGUGCGCCAUGGAGCGACGAACUCAAGAAAUCGAUGGAACCCAUCGAUAUUUCAUCGACGAACGCUACUACGCCCGCCAACACAGCCACCGAAGGUGUCCAAGAGUUUGCCAACAGCUCAAAGAACUGGAUGUACUCUGCCAACAAAUACUACUCGAAAGACAACAGUUGGCUGCAGACCAUCAAAAACAAACUAUUCAAAAGAAAAGUUAAUCCAGAAUCUGAAUCAUUAAUAAAUAGAGAUUCAUCUGAAUAA